AUGCAAUAUCCUACCACCCCAUCAUCUCACCACGGACACACUGUUCCGCGUACUCCGCCAUCGCAGACCGGCCGGCAUCACCACAACGGCCAACUACCGACUCCAGGGGCACCCUACAUGUUUGCAGCGGCGCUGCCGCAGAGUGCACUGGCGCCUGGCCAUACUGGGCUUCCACCGACGCCGUACAUGCCCACUGUUCCACUCCCUAUUCAACAAAACAGCACCGGCCUACUUACUCCUCCCGAGAGCCCGGUCAGCAGGUCGCGGAGUCUGACAGCCCUGAACGACCAUCUCUUCCGCCCGAACUAUACCUACGACAUGCGUUACGACGUCGACCACGCUGGCCUGCGUUCUGCUCUGCAGGAGCAUGCUACCAUUCCUGCAACUAGGCAGCUCGCCGUCCUAGUCCAACUCGAUCAGAGCAUGCUUACCAUUAAUAUUGGCGACGGGAGGGCCGCUCUCACUGUCAGAGAUGUCCUACACCGUCUCCACAGGGAACUGACCAAGACUCUUCCCAACGGAGGCACCCUUCUCCAGCUUAUCGGCAGGCGUUAUAUCUUUGACGGCCUAGAGCCUAGCGGAGGCAAUGCUUUCACUCUCAAGCUCAGACGUUAA